CCUCCUUGGCGUUCACACUCAGUUAAUCUCUCACGCGCGCAGGAAUAGUGACGCAGCUGGGCCUAUAAAAUGGAAUGUAGAUGGAGACAAACAUGGAGAGAGUACAAGCUGUGUGAAGUGAAAGAGAAAAAAAAAAAAAAAAACGUUGCGUUGUUCAGAGCGGAGAUCUUGCUGCGAUAUUGGCUUUACUGGGUAUCUAGAAAGGAUUUGAAAGAACAACCAUACCCUCAAACCAUGUUUACUUUCAGGGAGAUGUUUGCAUCAUUGGCUCCAUUUUUCAAUUUCAGGGAGAUGUUUGCAUCUUUGGCACCAUUUUUCAAUUUCAGGGAGAUGUUUACAUCAUUGGCACCAUUUUUCACUGCUGCUGUUGUGAUUGUACUAAGUCCCUUUGUAAAAGAACACAUACCUUCUGCAGUCAGCAAUUAUCUCGUCUCCAUGUAUGAACAGUGGCUCUCUAGAUUCUUUACGCGAGUCACUGUCGUCAUUGAAGAGAAAGGUGAUCUCAAUAUUAGCAACCAAGUCUAUGAAGCUGUUAGAGCCCACCUACGUACCCUGAUUUCUAAUUCAACAAAACCAAAACCAAAACGUUUCAAGGUAAACAAAGAAGGUAGGCAAAAUGAAUCAAUCAUUGGUAUCGCCGAGAAUGAAGAGGUUAUUGAUAUAUUUGAUGGAAUUAGACUCAGCUGGAAGUUCCAUGAUGUAAGAAGGGACGUUUACGGUCAGAAUGUUACUGACAGAUAUUUUGAGCUUUCCUUUGAUAAGGGAUUGGAAAACAAAGUGCUAGAGUCUUAUUUAAAUGAUAUAGUAGCUCGUUAUGAGAGUGUGGUAAAGAUUUAUUCCCGUGAUGAAGCCUAUUAUAAUGGUGGCAUAGCUUCCACCAGUGUUGAACGAGAUGCAGGUUGGAUUUAUGCUAUUUUUAAACAUCCAUUUACGUUUGAAAAGUUGGCAAUGGACCCAAAGCAGAAGGAGAUUCUCAUCAAUGAUUUGAAGAGGUUUCUUGGAAGGAAGGACUUAUAUGAGUAUGUUGGCAAGACAUGGAAGCGUGGGUAUUUGCUUUAUGGCCCUCCGGGUACCGGCAAAUCAAGCUUGAUUGCUGCCAUGGCUAAUUACCUAAAGUUUAACAUCUAUGAAUUGUCCCUUUCCCAUCAGCUCACAGAUGAAGACUUGAGAAAUAUAUUGCUCUCAACAACUAAUCGCUCAAUAUUGGUAAUUGAGGAUAUAGAUUGCUGUGCAGAGUUGGCUAAUCAAAGGAAAAAAAAGGACCCGUUCACACUAUCGGGUUUAUUGAACAUCAUAGAUGGAUUAUGGUCGAGUUGUGGAGAAGAGCGAAUUAUUGUGUUCACCACCAAUCAUAAGGACAAGCUUGAUCCGGCUUUGUUGCGCCCAGGCCGCAUGGAUGUACACGUGCACAUGUCAUAUUGCACCAUAGAUGGGUUCAAGUUGUUGGCUACUAAUUAUCUUAAAAUUGAAGGUGACCACCAACUCUAUAGGCAGGUUGAGGAUUUGUUGAAGAAUAUAAACGUUACACCAGCUGAAAUUGCAGAGGAACUUUUGAAGAGUGGUGGUACAGAUGUUGUUCUCCGAGGAGUUGUCGAAUUUCUCGAGCAAAGAGAACGUGAGAAAACAAAGGUUGCAGACUUAAAGGAACUUUUGAAGAGUGCUGAUAUAGAUGUUGAUGCUGAAGGACUUGCCAAAUUUCUCGAGCAGAAAAAACUUGAGAAAGCAAAGACCACAGAGGCAGAGCAACUUUUGAAGAGUGCUGAUAUAGAUGUUGAUGCUGAAGGACUUGUCAAAUUUUUGAAGCAAAAAAAAAUUGAAAAUGCAAAGGCUGCAGAGGCGAAGUGUAUAAAUCCAAACGAAUCUUAACUGAUGGGUAAUUUCAAAAGAGAUGGUUCGUGUUCUCAAGGAAUUAGUAAUGUUCCCAAGCCAUUCUAGAACUAGUCAAAUCGCAUUUAAGCUUUUCAUCUGGGUGACCAUGAGUGACUCCCUGCUGGUGGUGAUCCUUAUUUGUUCCUCUCCUCAUUUCUGAGUUUUUGUUCUCUUUGUGAAAUAAUAUGUAUUGUAUCAAUGUGCGGGUGUGCACUGCUGUGAAUCUGAUUAUGUACUUAUGCAAAUUGUGAGACCAUGUGUGUGAGAUGUUGGUGAUUUAGAAAAGAAUUACUAGUUUGUUGAA